AUGGCCAGACAGGAUCUCGUGAGAAUCGAAAAAAUGGACGACAGACGGGUGCACAACAAAAUCAACACCGCCCACGUUUCGCGACGGAACCUUCUCUCCACGAAUGACGAGUGUGCCGUCACUCAUCUGUCGUACAUCGCUACUUUUGCUCUUGGUCUCCUGCAGAGCAAUCACGUGAAAUCUGAUGCGCUCUGGAGAUCCGAGAAGGGCAUGCAGACGGCGGUGAAUCUCAGCAGUGGUUUACUGUUAGCUAGGCUUCCGAUCCCGAGAAGUCGGAAUGUCGGAUGUGUCGAACUCCUUUUCAGCUUGGGAGACCCUGUCGGAGGACGAACCUCCGCUGCACGUCGUAAUUCGACGCCCAGAGUCAUCUCCACGCCAUUAAGAGUAAACUUCUCCUACCGAGUUAUAUACUGGAGUGACGUUGUCCCAACUGUCCCAUGUUACUUCGUCCAAGGUUUUCGUCAUCAAGGAAUAGAGGUUUUCUACUCUGACAUGGAUUCAACUACCAACUCGAAGCACACCGUUUGUAAAAGUGAGUAA